GUCCUUACUGGGUAGCUGACAAAGCAGGCAUUCAGUCACCACUGGAGGAUCAUGUUCCCAGGAGCAAAUCUGAACUAGCAUUUUUAACCCUGCUAGAGCUGCAAACCAGCACAACAGGUCUGGUUUUGUGCUGCACUUGUUUCUUUUAACCUCUCCAGGUUGCGGUCUGUAACUGAGCUCAUCACAAAACUAACCCCAAGUAUUAAAUGGUAAGUGGUGGCACAAAGACUGGUAGAAACAUUGAGCCCUUCUGUUUGGAAGGGAAAGUGAUGCCUUGCCGUUUCAUAUCAAUUCUUUACUGUAAGGAUGGAAAGAUGGGACAUGGUGAAGGGUCUAUUUUCAAACACGUGGGAAAUGGGAAGAGCGAAGUUUAAAGUGACGUGGUUUGUUUUUGAGUCAGCUUUAUCUCACACCCAAAAGCAUUCCUGUCAUGAGCUUAGUAUAAAUUCUGAUGCACAAUAUUGCUUUUAGGUGGAGGUAAACCAUUUGUCUCCAUUCCCUUAUCCCCCUGUGACCCAUGCUUGGCGUGGAGUCCUCAGCUUGCAACCAGUCUUCCUCCAGUUUCUUGCAGGCCAAAACAAGUACAGACUGAUGGAAAAUGAUCCAAAUGAGUUGUCAGUCACAGGUUUGGUGGGUAGAAAUAAGCAGUAUUGUUCAAAGUGGUUGUCACUACUGACAGAAGAUGGGGAAACUCCAAUCUUGUUACUGCAUGUUCCAAGAGCAGCAGCUUCCUUGUUGCUAAAAGCUUAGCCUGGUGAACACACUGCAUGUUAUACAGAAGGUCAUGGAAUGAAACAAAGGCCUGUAAUUUCCUGGUUGUUUUUUUUGGGAAGAGGCAUGUUGUAUUUUUACGUAGGUUUCCUGAUUGCAAGUUGAGGGAACCCUUGAUGGGUUUGCCAGUAUUCAAGGUGUGUGCAUUUUGAAAGCUUGUUUAGCAGCAGACAGUGCAUCAUUCAGAAAGCUCUUAUUGUAGGAUCAUAGAAUGGUUUGUGUUGGAGGGAACCUUUAAGAUCAUCUCGUUCCAACCCCCUGCUUUAGGCAGGGACACCUCCUUCUAAACCAGGUUGCCCACAGCUCCAUCCAGCCUGGCCUUGAAUGCUUCCAGGGAUGGGGCAUCCACAGCUUCUCUGGGCAACCCAUUCCAGUGUCUCAUCACCCUCACAUAAAGAAUUUCUUCCUAAUAUCUAGUCUAAAUCUAUGCUCUUCCCAUUUAAAACCAUUUCCCCUCAUUCUGUCACUACCUGCUCUUACAGAAAGUCCCUCCCCAGCUUUCCUGCAGGCCCCUUUCAGGUGCUGGAAGGUCCUUGCAGAGCCUUCUCUUCUCCAGGCUGAAGAGCCCCAGCUCUCUCAGCCUGUCAGCGGGGUCUCACCCUGUUACAGCAGAGUGCCUUGAGAUGAGCAUCAAAGCUGAGAUUUUUCCAAAUAUUGAUUCAGAAAACAUGGUCUGUCUAAAUAGUGAGACCUUGUUUCUGUAACGUGGUAAUUAUCUAGACAGGUCCACUCUGAAUAAAACACUGAAUAGGCUGAAAAUUACCAGGCUGAAUUAGUUAAUUAGUUAGUAUGUUCUCUCUUUAGUUUUCCAAUGUAGUAAUAACUUGCUUUAUUAUAAUUAACUACUGUUAGUUUAAUUGAGAGAGGAGCGAUGAUGCUGGAAACAGUGGAAGAGACCAAGCAUUUCAUGUGAGUGGGAUUGCUGUUUCUUGUAUACUUGUGGUUUAGUCUUGCAUGUUGUGACCUAAAAGGAAAUCCAGGCAGUGGUGAAAGGGCGUUUGGGGUCUGGUUAGUUCUCACUGGAAGCUGACUUUCCUGCCUAUUCUUCUGUGUCUGCUCUGGUUCAUUAAGGGGCUUAAACAUUUUGGCCUCUUAACUGGUGUUGACACUUCUAAAAGCCAUGCUUUGUCGUGCUUUGACAGUAAACAUAAUCAAGACGUGGUGGUGUGUUAUUUUUGCUGGCAUUAUACAGGCUGGAGUACAGGGUGCGCAGAUGUCUGAGCUGUGAGAAUGAGCCCAGUUGUGUCCUUCCACAGAAAUGCAGAACCAUUUAAUAGUGAUGGAAGCUCAUGCUGCAAGCAUCAUCUUCUGCUUUGUCAGAUCUCUUCAGGGGCUCAGGUGCUCAGGUAAUCCUGUGAAUAAAUCUUACUGCUUCCCAGGACUGUGUUGCCAUCGGUCACAACACUAACAGCUUUCUUGGGGUUUUGAGAAAUUAGGGCUGGUUUUUGCCGUGUGUCAACUGCUGUGCUAAUUUCUUCCCGUGCAAAAAAGCUGAAGGGGAUGUAACACUUCGUGGAGCAGUGAUUAAAAAUCCGGUGUGUGGUGGUGGGCAACUGCCUCUAAAGCUCCCUAAAAUGGAAAUAAGAGCCAAAAUGUUUUGCCUUUUGCAAACGAAGUCAAAAGAGUAAAUUGGACAUAAGCUUAAAAUAUAGCAGCAAGAUGCCUUUCCCAAAGAGCAGUUGGCAGCUGGUUAAUCCAGCUUCUGCAGGCAUCCCUGACCUUGCUGUUUGCACUGGAGAAGGGUGUAGGAACAGCCCACUUGCAUCACAUUUGUAGCACUGCUGCUUGCGUGUACUUCUUGAGUGGGAAGAGGAGAAUCCCCAUCUCCACAGCUUCAUGUCUGUGCUUUGCAGACAGAACUGACAUAUAGGGCAAGGAGGAAUUGAUAGUGGCCCUUGAUACUUACUUACAGAGUCAUGCUCUCUGAAACUGUUUCAGCUGUUGGUUCUCUUACGGUUCUGCAUGGAUGAUCAUGGUGGCAGCAUACCCCUGUAAAACAUUUGAAUGUUAAUGGAAGGGCUUGCAUGCUCUUUAUGGAAGUCUUGCAGCUUCUCCAAGCAGCUGUCUAUUUAAAUGCAAUAGUUACAGGUGCAGGUUCAGCCCUGAGCCUGCCUUGAGCCUCAGGUGGGUGUGCAUGCACAUACCUGCUGCUGCAGUGCCUUGGGUCAGACAAUGUGAAACAGUGCAUAUAAAGCGAAUGAGCUUCACAGGGUGCUUGAGUGCUGUGCAAACCACAGCGUUCCUUCUUCAUCUUCAGAAAUCAGUAGUGCCAAAACCAUCAGAAAUGCCCCAUAGCUGAUGCUUCUGCACUGCUGCAGGUAUUAAAACCAAGAGGUACCACAGAGCUGAAUGCUGUCAUCCCACAUGCUGAAAUGGAAGUGGACUUCUCUUAUACCAUUGCAGCUUGCUAUUGCUUAGCAACUCCAGAAGUGAGUUACUUCCAUAGAGGCUGGAGCAUGCCUGUGGGAAGGCAGGUGCAGGGCUUGGCACCUGUGGCCCCACAGCACAGAAUCCGUUUCAGCUGUGGGAGGAGCAGGAGAUGGAGGAGCUUGGUGUGCCAGCCUGGCGAGUUAGGUAAGGGAGGCCUUUAUUUCUGAAAAGCACACAGCAUGUAAUACAUUGAAUCAUAGAAUCACCAAGGUUGGGAAAGACCUCCAAGAUCAAGGAUCAGUUUGCUCAGAAAGCGCUGCGUGGCUGUGUGUGUGCCACAAGCAGGCAGAAUGAGCUUUAUCAAAGCUUGCCAUAGCUCUGUCACCACUGUGACUUCAGAGGUGACUGGAGUUCAGCAUUGCUGUGAGUCACUCCUACUUUCCUGUAUGUAGCGGGCUCUCAAAUAAUUGGGUUUAUGCUCUGUUGUAAGGAUCAGUCCUUUCUGGAGAAGCGGGCAGACUGUGCCGGGAGCAUUUUGCCUGGGCGCAGACAGUGUUACAGCAGCUGUGACCCUCUGAGGACGUGAGCAGCAGCCAGCAGCAGGUCUUCUGGGCUGUCAUGGUCGCAGUGAGCUUCUAACCCAAUGAGUCGAGCGCUCUGCGCAGGAAAGCAAUUCCAAGAAGAAGAAUGCCAACACGAAUAUGAAGUGAAUCAUUUGCUGCGCUUGCCACAGGACCUGGGUGUUCACAUCAGAUGGUUAGAGACAGGGACUUGUCUCCUAACAAACUGCUUCCUUGGACAAGAUGAAGCCAAGGAGGAGCCUUCUGAUGCUUUGGAGCCGCAGUGACUGCUGCCCCCUUUGAAAUCAAUGUAAGACUGUGCCCUGGCUGUCUGGCAGGAUGAAAGAAGUGGUGUCGUGGUCACCUGAGGAGGUGACAAAUUGGCUAAUGGAAAAUGCUGUGCCGGAGUACUGCGAGCCAUUGAAAAGCUUCACCGGGCAGGAUUUGAUCAACCUGACGGAGGAGGAUUUCAAGAAGACUCCUCUCUCCCGAGUGUCGUCCGACAGCGGCCAGCAGCUAUUGCACAUGAUCGAGACUUUAAAAAUGGCUCAUCACAUAGAGGCUCACAAAAAUGGGCAUGUCAACGGGCACAUCCAUGUCAGCGUUAACAACACUGCACAUGAAAAUGGCUUUAGCAGUAAAACAAAGCUGAACGGAGUGCCAAAUGGUUAUAAGAAGGAGAUGAUAAAGAUCCCCAUGCCAGAGCCAGAACGCUUGCAGUAUCCCAUGGAAUGGGGGAAGACUUUCCUGGCUUUUAUUUAUGCACUUUUUUGUUUCAUCUUUACCACAGUGACUAUCUCAGUUGUUCAUGAACGAGUGCCUCCCAAGGAGGUGCAGCCUCCCCUACCAGAUGCAUUUUUUGAUCGUUUUGAUCGGGUGCAAUGGGCCUUUUCUAUUUGUGAAAUUAAUGGCAUGAUCCUUGUAGGACUGUGGCUUGUUCAGUGGCUGCUGUUAAAAUACAAGUCUAUAAUUAGCAGAAGAUUUUUCUGUAUAGUUGGCACACUAUACCUGUAUCGGUGUAUUACAAUGUACGUAACUACACUCCCAGUACCUGGCAUGCAUUUCAAGUGUUCUCCAAAGCUUUUUGGAGACUGGGAAUCUCACCUGCGAAGGAUAAUGAAGCUGAUAGCUGGCGGUGGAUUGUCCAUCACAGGAUCCCACAACAUGUGCGGCGACUAUCUGUACAGCGGUCACACCGUCAUAUUAACUCUCACCUACUUAUUUAUCAAAGAGUAUUCCCCACGGCGACUCUGGUGGUAUCACUGGCUUUGCUGGACACUCAGCAUGGUUGGGAUGUUCUGCAUCCUCCUUGCUCAUGACCACUACACUGUGGACGUGGUGGUGGCUUACUACAUCACUACAAGACUUUUCUGGUGGUAUCACACAAUGGCCAACCAGCAAGUGCUAAAAGAAGCUUCCCAAACCAACCUCCUUGCAAGGGUCUGGUGGUACAAGCCUUUCCAGUACUUUGAAAAGAAUGUCCAAGGAAUCGUACCUCGCUCCUACCACUGGCCCUUCCCCUGGCCGGUGCUGCACCGGGGCAGGCAGGUGAAAUACAGCCGGCUGGUGAAUGACACAUAACAGCGUGUUGGCGGACAGAGGGGAAAGGGCCCGUCCCAAGUGCUAAGAACUCCAUGCAAGAAGAUGCCAUAAAAAAAAAAACAACAAAACAACCCCAACCCCUCCCUAACCCUUUCUUUUAACAGCUCCCUUGACUUAACCUAUUCAGUUACCUGGUAAGCACUGUGAUCUUUUUUUUCUCUCCAAAGGAUCUGCGUUGGACAACAAUAAAGAGAAUUUAACUUAUCACGCACUGUUAUACAUUUCUUGUCAAUAGAUUUGGGAUUUACAUUACCCAUCACCAUGUUCCUUUGUAUAUGAUGCGACAGCAUAAAUGAAAGCUUUUAUAUCAUAAGUUCUGGUCUUUCCAGUCACGUCUGGGAAUAAUGCGUAUUAUUUUCUUGGGAAAACAUACUUUUCAUAUCUCUUGCCCCAAAGAUUGGGCUGUAAGCCAUUUUCUAGCUAAUGACUCUGUGAAGGUUUCUGAAUACCUGCCUCGGGUAAAAUCAAGAAAUCUUUCUACCUGUUGCACGGCGAUACAAACGAGAUGAUAGACACAGGAAGGUUUGCUAAUCUUGGUUUUGUAGAAUCUGCAGUGACUGUGUCAAAAAGUGCAAAAAAAAAAAAAAAAGUUGUAAAGUGAUUUUCUAAGUAUUUCCUAACUUUAUUUUUCAAAAUGUGUAUGAAAAUUAAAUUUAAAAAGAUUUUUACAUGUCAGAGAAGAGAGAGUUAAAAUGUAAAGAAAAUGCUUCUUGGGAGAGAGAGAGAUUUGUCUAUGUUUCUAGUGCCUUUCUUGUCUUGAUUGUAUGGUCAGUAGGCAGUCUUAAAUGUUUUUAUUUAAAAUAAAGUAUUCCAUGAAAGCAGAAUUAUAUAUACUGUAUAAUUACUAAUUUUUGCAUUUAUAGCUAAAUUAAACUGGAAAUUUGCUUAUAAUGGGUAUGCCAUGGGUAGGGAUAAACCAAAUAAGAAGGGUCAGAUCUUGUUCACACAUUGUGAGCAGGUCACGCUAAAAGAAAUCACUUUAUUGUCUACUUGGUAGCUGUAUUUUAAUAAGAAAACAGCCAUGAAUUCCUGUUUUUUAAGAAUUUUACAAAUGAUCACUGAGUGAACUACAAAUGGUUUCUCCAUCCCAUAUUGAGCUGUUGUUGGAAAAACAACAAAGAUAAUCUAUUUCUUUAAAAUAUUUGUGCAGAAACUGCAUGUAACUAUAAGUUUCACUCCUACCAUACAUACUGUAUGUUUGGGGAAGUACUCUAUCCUAAACUUGCCAAUGUGCAGAACAAAAUAGUUUUUUUAAGAAUGAAGAAGAGAAAAAAAUAUAUAUGAAUAUAUAUAUAUAUAUAUACAUUCUGUAUUUUACGUGAAGCAGAGUUAUCUUCUGUAGGGUUUUUGUGUAUUCACAAGGUGAUAUUUGUAUUGUAAAACAACAAUGGUGAAGGAAAAUAAAAAGGCUUUUGAAAAAUGUAGUUUCCUUUAUGUUUUUAGUAUCAAUCUUAAAUUUUAAGCUGGGUUUAAUCUUCCCGACCUUGCCUUUGAUUUUUACAUGUAAUUGCACUGUAGGCCAUCAAAUUUGGAUUGUAUGGAAACUGCAUUGCUGUUGAAUUGCUGUUCACCUUUGGCAAACCAGUGCCUUAUCUGAAAUAAAUGCUAUGCAAUACAUUCUGACCAUGUGGGAGCUGGGAGCGGAUCUGAGCAGCCCUCCUUGGAACCAUCCCCAGGGCUUGAAAAAUCUACCCCAAAAGUGCUGUGGUGGAGCGCGUGGCAGGGCAGGCAGCCCCAGGAGCUGCCAAGAAUGUCCCACUGCUGUGAGUACUUCAUGGUGACAGUAUCAUUUUUUUUGUUCAUUCUGUUUUGUGUUAGGGUUUGUGGUGGUGGUGGUGGUUUAUCUUCUCCGCCCUCUUUCUCAACCUCCUUUGAGGAAUCAUUCCUGUGUUACUUCUGCUGCUUUGCCUCGCUGUUGCCUGGGAUGCUGAGCAAGAUGAGCCCGUUCCUUAGCAAAUUUCUUCCUACUCCCCGUUUCUUGGCAAAAGCCCUUUGCAGCAGCAUUUGCAGAGCCAUCUGCAAGUUUUAGGGAUUAGCUCUGCAUGCUUUGCCUCGAGUUCACAGUAAUUGUCUUUGCAAGUGUGCGGUUGAAAGCUGAUUUUAAAACAGCAAAUCCAUCCCGAGGCGAUUGCUUGAGAGAAUUCACGCUCCCAGAUGUGAAUGAAUAAGUAGAUUUUUCAAGACCUGGCAUCAUGCACAUCAAAACCAUUGACAUAAGUAAUGUAUGGAUAUAUGCACAUGACAUUAAAUGGAAUCUGCUGAA